UUACUCUGAACUCGAAAGGACGCGAUCCUUGGAACAUUUUCAAUGCGAUCCCAAAUCCAGCGAGUUAAAGUUUAAGACGCAGCAGGAUGGAACUCGCGUAUUUGUACACGAAGCAACGAGAGAGCUUCGGACACUACUGCGACUUCCGCAACGUAGACGCCAAGGUGCUUGAGAGCAUUCCGUGCACUGAUACACUGGAGAAUGACUACGUACGACGAAGACCCAUGGUAACCCGUCUGGAUACGACGCCCCACAUGUCCGAGCACGAAGUAAAUACGGAGAGAUUGGUGACUAAGCAUAGUAGUAUGCGGCAUGUGGAGGGUGGCUGGCCCAAGGAUGUGGAUCCAGCCGAGCAGAGCGACGUACAGCGAUUCCGCAAGAAAGCGGAGAAAGACGACGACUACAGACAAGCAGUCAAGAGUCUCGGACCAGUGGUAGACCGCGCACUCAAGCAGAACAAUACAAUUAACAUUUACCAGGACUACUUUGCACACAUGGGUGAGGCUGCCACGACAGAACAGCCCAGUGCAAAGGGGCUUGCCGUCUUUCGUGACCCCGAGCCGGUUUGCAUCGGCGCGACCUCCAGCCCAAUUUUUUACAUCUGGGAUGUUCUAAACCCGAAUACACCGGAGACGACUUUGAAACCAGCUUCCCCGCUAGUUUGCAUGCGCUACAACCCCAAGUCCGUCGACCAGCUCGUGGCUGGAUCUUAUAACGGGCUCAUUUCGUUCUUCGAUCUUCGUAAAUCUGGCGCCGCUCCAGCGGAGACGUCAAUUAUCGAGCACUCACACCACGACCCCGUCUACGACGUUUUCUGGAUAUCCAGCAAGACUGGAAACCAGUGUUGCUCUGUCUCGACUGACGGCUGGAUGCUCUGGUGGGAUAUUCGUCACCUUGCGCAACCUACGCAAAAGCUGCUUCUCACAGACAAGGAUGGUCUGGCAUUCGGUGGGUCGUCCAUGGAGUACAACACAGAAGCUGGCCCGACCAAAUACCUCGUUGGUACGGAGCAAGGGGCGGUUUUAAGUGUAAACUUAAGAAAUGCCAAGCAGAAUAAUGGCAUUACGAUGUAUGACCUGGCUGCUGGAAAACACAAUGGGGCUGUGUGUGCGAUUCAACGCAAUCCGACGCAUAACAAGUUUUUCCUUACCAUCGGCGACUGGACUGCUCGUCUGUGGUGCGAGGAUCUUAAAACCCCCAUCAUGAGCACCAUCUACCACGAUUCGUACGUGACUGCGGGCUGUUGGUCGCCUACACGCGCUGGCGUUUUCUUCGUCACUCGAAUGGACGGCGUCGUGGACAUCUGGGACUUCUUCUACCGUCAAAACGAGGUAGCGUACUCACACAAGGUCGGAGACGUCGCUCUCUCGUCCGUCAGUGUGCAGGGUAACGCGGGAUUCGGUGGCAAGCUCGUAGCUGUGGGGGACUGCAACGGCAUGAUCUCACUCAUGGAGCUGUCGGACGGCCUAGCUGUAUCCCAACCCAAUGAGAAGGCGGCUAUCAACGGUAUGUUUGAGCGUGAGACGAAAAGAGAGAAGAACCUGGAGGCGAAGGAGAAGGAGCUGCGCCGUAAGAAGGCUACGAUGGAGGAGGGAGCGGCAGACGAUCGCGGUGGCAGCCUUAAGGACGACAAGAUGGAGGAGCUGCUGCGUACAGUGGACGCCAAUUUCCUGGGCAUGAUCAAGGAGGCGGAGGACUCGGAAAACAAGAACAUGGAACACAAGGGCGGCGACGGACUCGGAGGCAAGGAUGAAGACAACUAG